GCUGUUGAUGCUUUUUAAAAAGACAUUAUGAGAGACUCUUGAUGCAGUCGGCUCCACUUUUCAGUUUAUUAUAAUCACAACUACAUGACAAAGUCAAAAAAAUCUUGCUUUACCUUUCUUCGCAGAGAGCGAGUGUUCGAAGUUUGGUUCUGUCAUUUCUGAAAGUAAAGCUAGCUAAUUAGAAAACCUUUGUUUUCAUCGAUUAAUUACUCUUUUACUCGGUUGUUUUGCUUGCAGGUUGUAUCGUAAACAAUUGCUUCUUCUCUAUCUUCGGCAAUAUCCCCUUAAGAAAAGCAUGAGAUUCAAGAAAAAUACGAUGUGUUUCUGAGUUUCAUGAGGUGAGGACACUCGCAAUACAUUUGCUAGUUAUCUUUAUGGAGCUUUAUCAAAUAAGCAGAUCUUAACUUUCAUGGAUGAUCAUGAACCUGAGAGAGGCGAUGAAAUUUCACCCACGCUUCGCAAAGCUAUCGAGGAAUCCACGAUUUCGGUGAUCAUUUUCUCAGAAAACUAUGCUUCGUUAACAUGGUAUUCGGAUAAACUGGUGCAAACAUUUGAAUGCAAGAAAGCAAAGAGGGCAGGUUGCUAUGCCAGUCUUUUACGGCAUAGAUUCAUCAGUUGUACGAAAACAGAAUGGGUGUUAUGGAGUUGCAUCUGCUCAACCUCAAAACCGUUACAGAAUGGAGAAGGUGAAUCAAUGGAGAGCUGCUUUAACUAAAGCGUCCAAUCUAUGUGGGUUGGAUUCAAAGGAUUUCAGGCCUGAAGCCAAAUUAGUUCAAAGAAUUGUUGAAGAUACCUCAUUGAAGUUACCUAAAUAUCUAUCUCUAAAUCAUCAUUUCAAGGGGCAUCUCGUUGGAAUUGAAAGAAAUAUCGAGAAAAUUGAAUCAUUACCAUCCAUUGGCUCAAAAGUUGUUGGAAUUAUAGGUGUUUGGGGCAUGGGAGGUAUCGGGAAAACCACCCUUGCUACUGUUGUAUUUCAAACAUUGUCUAAUUCUCAAUUUGAAGGUUGAUCUUUUCUUUCAAAUGUGAGGGAAGAGUAUGAAAGACAUGGAAUAAAUCAUUUGAGAAAGACGUUUCUCUAUGAGUUAUUAAAUGAUAAAGCUAUUCUAAAGAUGGAUACCCCAUUUGUAGCAUCACCUUAUAUUUUUGACAAACGUCAUCGUAAAAAGGUGCUUUUGGUUUUGGACGAUGUGGAUAGUUCGAUUCAAUUAGAUGCUUUAGUUGAAGGAUAUGGUCAGCUUGCUCCUGGAAGUAGAAUCAUUGUUACCACCUGCUUUGUUAACAUUGGAGGUCCAAUAUUGUGACAGCUUGGAAUCACUAGUGGAUCUUCCAUUAUUUUGUAGAAGUUUGAACGCAAGACAUUGCACAUCACUGGGGAAAAUAUCAGAUUGGCCUGCAUUCCAACAUGAACUGAUGAGCUCUGGUUUUUACAACUUCCCUGCAUAUAGAAGAUCUGUUGACUUUUUUGGUUGUGGAAAGUUAAAUCAGAAUACAUGCAACACCAUCAUCGCUGAUUAUGCAAUUUUUAAAAUGCUUGAACCUGACAAAUCAGAUUUCAAAAUUUAUUAUUCGGGUGAUGAAAUUCCAAAGUAGUUCAGCUAUCAAACUUCGGGGAGUUGCUUCCUACAUUAUGGAAUAAUGACAACUUCUUGGGUUUGGCUAUUUGCUUUGUUCUUGAUCUGAAUAAAAUUAAACCUUCUCUAGAUAUUUUAAUUAAUUUUAAACUCAAUUUCAUAAUAAAUGAUUAUGAUUAUCCUUUUGAGUUCUGGUCAAGGUUGUCUUUUAAGGCAGACAGAGCAUGUUUAGAUCAACAAGUGAUGCAGUAUUUCUCAAGAGGGUUAUGGCAAAAUUUAAAAAAUCUGCCUGAACUAAAUUGGCCCUCUAGUUAUAGCAGUGAGGUCUCUUUGCAUGUCUGGCCUUCGUUCUAUGAUGACUUAGGACUAGGGGAAGAUGUCAUCUUGGGGAAUGAUCAUUGCAAGAUAAAGAAGUGUGGGGUUUGGUUUGUAAACAUGGAAUAUUUAGAGAGACUUAAUGCAGAAACUAUUAAAAGAGAAGGAGACGAGGCUUUGAUGGUGAAUGUUGUGAAACAAGUGUAAGUGAUCAAUUUGUAUCUUCUGGCUCUCGUGAGGAAGAGGACGAUGAUGAAUCACAUCCUACCGGUGAAUGAUGAAGAUGCAGAGCACUAGGAUUCUAAAUACAGGGACAUAAUAUCCUACGAUUACUUUGAAGAAAAUGAUGCAUAUUCUAUGACUCCUUGGGUAAAUCAAUUUAAAGACACAAAUUUAAUUCUACAAGCUAGUUUUCUUUAUUUUCUAUAAGCAUUUUGAGGUAUUUUAAUUAUAUUAAUUUGUAUGCUAAGUUUACAAAAUUAUAAGGUAAUUUUAAAUGAAAAGCUUAUUAAUUUUCUUUCAUUUGAAAUGAUACUGGAAAAAGAUAAUGCUUAUGAAAAAGUACUUUUUUCAAAUUUUUUUAUGUUAAAAUGCUGAACAUUCUUAUCUUCAAUUUUACUUAUUGGAAGCUUUUAUGGAACCAUUAUUAAUAUUUUAUAUAAAAAUGAUAGUUUUUUCAAAAUUGUUAUCUUUUUGGAUAUCCGCAUAAUAAAAACAUGUAGAUGUCCGCAUUAUAGAACUGUCCUCUACUUAUCUUUCAGUUUCAGGUUACGAAGAACCUCUAUGAGCUAUGCAGGCACCGCCACACAUAGGAAAGCCCUCUCUCUUUUCUAGUCGUGGUAUUGAAGUUGGGAUUCUUGUUUGUGUGCAUAUAUCGGUAUUUCGUUUCAGGGAAAUUGCUUGAAGGAGAGACAUGAUGAAAGAUUCUCGCUAUGGUGGGCUCCUCUUAUAAUUCACAACCGCUUGACCUAGUCAACAUGUAAACUAUGCAUUGGAAAGAGGGCAUUAAGAAGCAAGAAGACACCGUUACCCUCCAAGUGCCCUUAAUCGAGACAAUUAGCACUUAAUUGAAUUGAAAAUUCUACGGCCGCAGAUAAACAAACAACUUUAAAAUAAUAUUCUUUUUCAUUUCUUUAUCAUAAUAUUUUAAUCAGCAUCAAUUCAAUAUGAUCAAGUUCCGACGUGGCAAAAAAUUUUUAGGUCGAGUGCUCUUUAAGUCCUAGACACAUGACGAGGGAUUCUCGCAGCGGUGGGCUCCACUUUUCAGUUUAUGAUAAUCACAAUGGCAUGACCAGCAGAGUCAACAUACAGAGUAUAUAGUUGAUCUAGUUUGUAGAGUAAUUUAUAUUUUGAUAAUCUUUCUUCACCCUUCUUCACAGAGAGGAGAGUUUGGAUCUGGCAUCAGAGAAAGUUACGUUGUAAACAUGUCUUCUUUUUCUCUUCCUUCGGCAGUCUCCCCUCAACAAACGCAUGAGUUUCAAGAAAAAUACCAUGUAUUUCUUAGUUUCAGAGGUGAGGACACUCGUGAUCAAUUUGCUAGUUAUCUUUAUGCUGCUUUAUCUGCGAAGCAUAUCUCAACUUUCAUGGACCAUCAUGAACUUGAAAGAGGCGAUGAAAUUUCAUCCACACUUAGCAAAGCAAUUCAGGAAUCCAAGAUUUCGAUAGUCAUUUUUUCCGAAAACUACGCUUCGUCCACAUGGUGUUUGGAUGAACUGCUGCAAAUACUUAAAUGCAGAAGAACAAAUGGACAGAUUGUUAUGCCAAUCUUUUACGGCAUAGAUCCAUCCACUGUAAGAAAACAGAAGGGGAGUUAUGGAGAUGCAUUUGCUCAACUUGAACAACGUUUUAAGAACAGAAUUGAGAAGGUGCAUCAAUGGAGGGCCGCUUUAGUAGAAGCAUCCAAUCUGUGUGGGUUGGAUUCAAAGGAUUUCAGACCUGAAACCAAAUUAGUUCAAAGAAUUGUUGAAGAUAUUGUAUUAGAAUUGCCUAAAUAUCUAUCUUCAAAUCAUCAUUUCAAAGGACAUCUCGUUGGAAUUGAAGGAAAGGUCAAGGAAAUUGAAUCAUUAUUAUCCAUCGGCUUAAAAGAUGUUCGAAUUAUAGGUAUUUGGGGCAUGGGAGGUAUUGGUAAAACCACCCUUGCAAGUGUUGUAUAUCAAAGAUUAUCAUAUUCUCAAUUUGAAGGUUGUUGCUUUCUUCGGAAUGUUAGGGAAGAAUAUGCAAGACAUGGACCAAAUCAUUUGAGAAAACAACUUCUAUCUAAGUUGUUAAACGAUGAAGCUAUUCUUCAGAUGGAUACCACAAUUAUAGAUUCACCAUUUAUUCUUGAUAGACUGCGAUGUAGAAAGGUACUGAUUGUUUUAGAUGAUGUGGACACUUUAAUCCAGUUAGAUGCUUUAAUUGAAGGAUGUAAUGAACUUGCUCCUGAAAGUAGAAUGAUUGUUACGACUAGAAAUAAGCAAGUGCUUAAGAAAGUAGCCGACCAUAUUUAUAAGGUUGAUGGGUUAAAUGACAUUGAAUCUCUUGAGCUCUUCCGUUUGCAUGCUUUUGGUAAACAUUCUCCAGCAAUGGAUAAUGACUUGGUGUUAGAAGCGACAAGUUAUGCAAGUGGCCAUCCAUUAGCUCUUAAGGUCUUGGGUUCUUUCCUUUGCUCUAGAAGUAAAACAGAAUGGCAAAGUGCAUUGAUGAGGCUGAGAAGAUUUCCAAACCCAGAAAUUCAAGAUGUGUUGAGAAUUAGUUAUGAAGGACUAGAUGAUAAGAAGAUGAAGGAUAUGUUUCUUGACAUUGCUUGCUUAUUUAAUUCAUCUUUUAAAAGUGACCAAGUAGAAAGAAUGUCAGAUGAUUGUAAUUCAUCUGUGAAAAUAGAAAUAAGUGUUCUCAUCGAUAAGUCUUUAAUUGAAAAUAUCAAAGGUCACGAGGACAAUGAGCUAUGGAUGCAUGAUUUAUUGCGCCAAAUGGGUCGGGCAAUUGUACGUGAUGUAGAUAAUGAGCCUGGCAAUCGUAGUAGGUUGUGGGACACUAUGGAAGUCUGCAAGGUAUUGGAAAAUAGUACGGGAACUAUGGCAGUUGAAGUCAUAUUAUUGGACGUAUCUAUAAUGAAAAGAAAUGUGAAAGUGUGUCGUGGAGCCUUUUCAAAUAUGCGCAACCUACGAAUUCUCAAAAUUUAUUAUCGUAAUGAUAUUGUUGGAAAUGACUUUAAGCCCAACAUUAUUGGGGGAGUCAAUUUCAAGCUAUCCAUUCCUCGAAAUCUUGAUUCUUAUCUUUCCAAUAAGCUGCGGUAUCUUCAGUGGGACUUAUACCCUUUGAAAUUGUUGCCAUCUAACUUUGUUCCUGAGAAUCUUGUUGAACUUGUUCUUCGUGGCAGCCAUGUUGAAAAGCUUUGGAAUAAUCGUAAAGAUCCGGCUUUUCCUGUGUUAAGAAGGAUGAAUUUUAGUCAUUCCAGGUUCCUUACUCAACUACCAGAUAUGUUGCAGUCUCCAAAUCUGGAAAGUAUAAAUCUUGAAGGUUGUACAAGCUUGGUUCAGGUUCUUUCAUCUCUUCAAAAUCUUGACAAGCUUACUUUUCUAAAUUUGAAUGGAUGCUCCAAACUCAGAUAUAUUUUUAAAGAAAUGUCAAAGAGAACAGAUGGGUUCUGGGAUGUUGUAAGUUUUGGAGGCAUUAAGAAUGUCCUGAAUAAUUUCACAAAUCUCAAAAGUUGCAUCCAAAGUUUUACAAGCAAUUUAUGUCUCUACUCAUCAUCGCAGACUCAUAUUUCUCAAAAGUUUGCACCCAAUUUAAGACAUUUACUUAUGCGUGAGACGGCAAUAGAAACAUUGCCCCCAUCAAUUGGGUGUCUAUCGGGACUUGUUAAAUUAGAUUUGGGGUUUUGUAAAAGACUUAAAAGUCUUCCGAGAAGCAUUUGUCUUAUGAAAUCUCUUGAAGAACUUGAUCUGUUUGGUUGUGAGAAACUGAAAACAUUUCCAGAAAUCUUGGAGCCUAUGGAACACUUGAAAUUACUUUUGUUAGAUUACUCGGGGAUUAAAGAGUUGCCAGAGUCAAUUGAAAAUCUAGUAUCCAUCAGAGAUUUGUAUUUAACACAAUGCAAGGACUUAGAGUUUCUCCCAAAUAACCUUUGUAAAUUAAGGAACCUUGAGAGGUUAUGGCUCGAGGCCUGUUCAAAAUUUCAACAUUUUCCUUCACUUCCACCGUCGUUGCUCGACUUGUCGGUAUCCGGAUGUGAGAAAUUGAAAUCUUUACCAGAGCUUCCAUCACAAUGUUUGAGCUUGUCUGCAAAUGGCUGCAUGUCACUGGAGAGUAUAUCAAAUUGGAGGGCUCCACUAUUAAAAGAUCUGGAUAUCAUGGGAAAUAGGUUUUCCUCUGGACAUAUCGACUUUUUUGGUUGUGACAAACUGGAUGAGAAUACAAGCAACAUCGUGCUUGCUGAUCAUGUAGCAAUUAAAAUUCUGUCUCGCGUAAAAGUUGGAAGAACUGACCUACAUUCUCAUUUUCGAUAUACAGGAGAUCAAAUUCCAAAGUGGUUCAGCUAUCGAACUUGUGGGACUUCAAUUAAUAAUAUUAUGCUUCCUCCAUAUUGGAAUAAUGACGACUUCUUGGGUUUCGCUUUCUGCUUUGUUCUUCGUGGGAAUAAAAUUGACCCUUAUACAUGUCGUGGUAUUGAUGUCAAACUCAUUUUCAGAACCAUCGAUGAUAAUCGUCUUUAUGGAUAUUCUGGUUGUACUGGUUACUUGUGGGAUUAUAAUAAGGCUUUUAGUUCAGAUCACGUGGUCAUAUGGUUUAUAGGAAAGCUGUCUUUGCAAUCGGAGGGUAGACUAAAUUGGCCAUUUGUUUGUAAUACUGAGGCCUUUGUCCAUGUCUGUCCUGCUUAUUUUGAUAAAAGUUUCGACCAUGUCAACAACAUUGAAAUUGAGUAUGGCGAGAUUAAGAAGUUUGGGGUUCGGUUUGUGUACAAUCAAGACAUAGAGAGAUGUGAUGCAGAAACUGAAAGAAAGAAUAAGAGAAGCUUCCAUGAAUGUUGUGAAUCAAGCGGAAGUACUGAAGCUAUUGGCCUUCUUGAAGAAGAAGACGAUGAUGAAUCACAUUCCAAGAAACUCAAGUUUAUGUGACUGUUUUGAAGAUGCAGACCAAUUGGAAGUUGAGGAACCAAAGAAAGAAAACAAUUCCGUGCUUCAACUUUGAGUCAUGUUUUGCUGCUAAUUAUGAAAUCAUUGUUGGCUCUGAUGGAAAAGAAGAAGAAAAUCAAAAGCAUAUUCCGUGUUUGCUAAGGCUUUGAAGAGUAUGCGUGUAAGCUAUGCAGACACCGCGGCACGUAGCUUCAAUGAAUGGUGUGGUACCUUGGAGAAGUUCUCUCAUUCUCUUAUGCCUUUCUUCUUAUUUUGGCAUUUAGUUACUUGUUUUUGUGAUAUCAAUAUGAAUUUCUUUAAUAACGUCUAUGAGCCAUUUUGCAUAGAUUAGAAGAGAAAAUUAAAUAAAAUAAAGAAUAUGUUACCUAAGAAUUAGUUUUUUUAUGAUGCAUUUUAUGGGUGAAUACAUCUUUACAUCUAGUUGAACAUUCUUAACUGACUGAGUAUAAUAUUUGUAUAUUUUAUUUAAUUUGCUAGUUUGUUGUUAUUCUCUGCCAA